GCUAGUUGGCACACCAGUCGCGAUUUUAGCAGAGUUCUGGAUUUCAGGCUUCAGGCUUUGCAGCUCGCCGCUUGCGUGGUGAUCGGAUGACAGUUUUUGUUUUUCAUUACUGCAAACGAGCGUGAUAAAAAAAAAACGUUUGUCUUCAACACGUCACUGUGACUGACACUGAACAUGGCCGAUCCGCAAGGAUAUCCCCCGAACGCAGGGUACCCCCAGAAUCCUGGCUACCCCCAGAAUCCUGGCUACCCCCCUUCAGGUGUCGGGUACACAGCUGCACCUGUGGGAUUUGCGUACACCCAGCCUCCCCCUGGUAAUGCCCCAGUCACAUUUGCCCCCAGCCCAGCAGCUGGGUAUCCUCCCCCUGGUGUUGGAUAUGCCCCUCCACCUGGUGGUGCAGCCUAUCCGCCCCCAGCUCAAGGAUAUGCUCCACCACAACAAGUACCUGUAGGCCCAGAUGGAGUACCACUAGCUCCAUUUCAGAGCGGCAGGCCUGGUGUUCCACCAGGUCUUGAAUACCUCACAAUGGUUGACCAGCUGCUGGUCCAUCAGAAGAAGGAACUGCUCGAAGUAUUCCUGGGCUGUGAAACAAGGAACAAGUACACCAUCAAGAACAGCCUUGGCCAGCAGGUGUACCGUGCUAAAGAAGAUACGGACUGCUGCACACGUAACUGCUGUGGAAAGGUGCGGCCGUUUGAUAUUAAGAUUCUCGACAACUCCGAUAAUGAGGUCAUUCAUCUGAGCAGAGGUCUCCGCUGUGAGUGUUGCUGCUGCUUCUGCUGUUUGCAGAGGGUGGAAGUGAUGGCGCCACCAGGCACCCCUAUUGGAGCUGUGGCGCAGGAGUGGAGCUUGUGUGCUCCAAAGUAUAGAGUUGAGAAUGAAAGUGGGGAAUGUGUACUCCGCAUAGAAGGCCCCAUAUGCACCUGCCGUGGCUGUGGUGAUGUGAAUUUUAAGGUGCUCUCUAAGGACGGUGCCACAAAGGUUGGAAAAGUGAGCAAGCAGUGGUCGGGGCUCCUGACAGAGGCCUUCACCGACGCGGAUCACUUUGGAGUCAAUUUUCCGCUGGAUUUAGACGUCCGCAUUAAGGCUGUUCUCCUUGGAGCCUUAUUCCUCAUUGACUUCAUGCACUUUGAACAGAGUGGUGAAGGAAUGUCAGACAUGAUCAGCAGCUUGGCGUAAGACCCAAAGCACGUGCCAUGGCAGUAGGGAGCAUCGUAUUCUUGUAUUGAAGAUGACCCCCUGAAGCCUCCUGGUAAACUCCUCUGGUCCGUGUAACUUCACUGGUUUUGUCAUUCAUUUAGAAACAACCUUGUCGGGUACCCAAUACAAGCGCAGAAACAAUACUCAUCCACCUGUGGCACUGGUUCAGAGCUUCAGAGGUUCAGUGUGACUUUUUGUAAAUGUUGUCUGUGCUAAGCUGAAGUUAGUUUUAUUAAAUGCAGGCUGAUAUGAAGUUAGUUUUAUUAAAUGCAGGCUGAUAUUUUUGAAAAUACUAAGAAAAUCGGCCUCAAGCUGCAUUAGAAAUUGCCUAUCAUUCUGUGUACUGUACUUGUGUAGUAUUGUGCCUUUGCCCCCUUUUUAAGCUCCACAGGGAGAUGCCAAUUUCGAGCCUCGAAGCUCUGAUUACGAUAUUACCUUGACCCAGCCUUCAAGCGUAGAAAUUACUCCGACACUGCAGAGAUUUGUGUGCAGUCUGUUCUUAUCAUUAGAUUCGAAGGUAGUUUGUACUGAGAAAUUUUAGAGCCAUCCCUGAAACAAAAAAAGAGAAGUGCUUGGCAUCCAGCAUUAGUGUAAUGCAAGGAUUUGUUGUGAUCUUCUCUGUUCUGAUUUACCACCUACUGAUACAUAUUGCUGGUUGUUUUUCUUCUGGUGGAAUGUUUAGCCAAAGUAUAACAUGACAUUGCUACACGUGCAGCGUAAUCUCAGCAUCUGUAUCUAGUCAUGAGAAGACAGUUUUCGUUAUGUUCAAGUAGCAAUGCAUCAAAAGAUUUCGUCUAGGUGAUUGAAUUUAGUGUAAUUCAAACUGAAAUUUGCUUCGAUUCGAUUCUAAUUUGCUAAUCACUUUGCACACUCUGGUAGCGUUGUAAAACACGUGGAGGAGUUUUUGUUUCUGAACCGUUUCUUAAGCUAUGUUGACACUGCAGUGUCAAAACUUUGUAACUAUCUCAACUUGGUUACCUGCAGAGCUGUUUUUUGUUGUUGUUGUUGAAAGUUAAGUGCAUACGAUCAACAGGAUGCAAGGUCUACUGUGACACAGUUGUGUACUCUUAGAAAACUGAUACUCUAGUGUUAACAUGGCUUUAUGUGAAGCUCUCUUCUUCCACUACCCGGAGUGUUCACGUUGUUCUGCGUACGAUGUACUUGUGAGCAUGAUUGUCAGUGUGCGGUGUUUGGCCUCUUUCAGUACAAGCGCUUCGUGACAAUAUAACCCUUCCAAUAUGACCAUGUUAUGCCAUAGAAGUUGCACAGCCUAGGUACUUGUAUUAGAACAGUUUUGAACAUAACUGCUGUUGGUUGGGGGACACUCACAAGCAGUCUAAUUCACACCUUUGCAAUAAUGUUACUCUGAAAAUUAACACUGUCAUAGAAGGCCGCAGAGUUCACUGGAGAUGUUCACCGAAGAACAAGACUGUUCACACUUUUACAGAUAGCUUGUUGUCCGGCUUGUUGUCCGGCUAAACGUUACAGGCUCAGAUCCCCGAACUUCCGCUGGCUGGUAUGCUACGAUAGCAGUGCUUUUGUAGUUACGUCAGUGCCACUUGGGAAUUGCUGCUUUUUCGUUCAGUUUCAACCCACCUAUAGGCAAUGUCAUUUAUGCUUUCAGGUUAGCAUAUCUCAGGUUUGCUUUGUACCCACCUGAUAUCCCACACAUCCGUGAAAGCACUAGUCAGGGUUAGUGUUUGAGAAACGUUAAGGAUUUGCUCAGUUGAGUUUUGAGUUUGCUUUUACGUUUUGUGUUGGCAUCAAGGCAAUGACAUCUUUCAUUCUGCAACGAUACAUUUGUGCACUUUUGUACACCUUUGUGCACCUUUAAAGCUAUGUAAUGUUGGUGCUGCAUAGUAUGUUGGUUCGGCUAGAUGCCAAGAAUGAUGUUUAUCCGUAAUCUCAAAGCCCUCUAUGCUUCGUAGGGGCAGUCGUUUUGAACUGCAACGUACAAGUGCUACGUACAAUGACUGUUGUAACCUGCUGGAUGUAUUUUUGGAGCUGUUGUUAGCAUCACGCACAGUAGUAGUUUCUGCUUGAGUGCUGCUGCCCUUCAGCCAUGAAGUUGACGACCGCUGUUGAGAUGUGUUACCCAAUGUUGUGGUUGGGUACUUAAAAGUGCAUACAAUCCGUGAAUCUCUCAGAUACCUCCAUAGAGUGUCUUGCCGUCCAUUGCAAAGUUCAAUGCUUCCACCUUUCUCUAGUAACAGCCUAGCUCCUCCCACAUAGCAUGUAUGCCUGAUAAGUGCAUGCUCAUGUGAUGAAACCAACUACCAAGAUUUCGCAAUGCAAGGAGGUCGCCAUUAUGAAGCCCUCACAUGGCUUUUGUUCACACCGGAAUGUGCAAAGAAACUGACAAUGAGUGUUUUGAAGCUGAAUAUGCAGUGCAUACACCAUGUAUGUGAUGCACAGGCUUGUUGUGCAAGUGUGACGUGUGAUAUUUGCUGCAUUUCUUUUAAAAUGUGCACUUUUGCAUAGCCAGAUAUUCCGCAAAUAUAUUGCCUUCUUCGUGA